UCAAGGGAGGGGGAGGAUCCUGGGGGUCCUGGGGGUGCAAUAAGCCCGGCACCCCCUCUCUCGCUUUUAGCUACCCCGCCUCAUCUUCCAGAACUGCAAGAGGGAGGGAAGUAGAAGGGAGGUGAGAGGCGAGCGGGAAGAGCGGCGGCGCGCCAGCUGCUUGAGCGAGAAAAAGUUUUUGCAAAAGGGAAAAAAAAAGUUUGCGCUUCUCGCGGGUGGUCCCGGCUCGCGGCCCGGCGGGCUGGGCCGGCGGGAGGGCUGGCGGCCAGGUUAGGGGGGGUGGGGGUGGCACUGAGGCUGCGCUGCCGUGGCCCUGUCCGCCCCCCCUCCCCACCGCACACCCCCCAGCCCAGACUCUAGCCCUGGACCGCGCAUCCCGAGCCCAGCGCCCAGAAGGAGGCAACCGUGGAUCUCUUUGUCUGUCUCCGCCUCUCCCAUAUAUUAGAAACAUCUCACUUUCAUGAGGUUGGGAUGAAGAGGCUGGAGGGACGGCUAGCUGGAGGUCUGCGUGGUAGACAGGCAGCUCCAGGUGUGUCCUGAGCGCCGGCAGGAGGACGUCAGUGUUUCUGAAAGGAGGGAACAGCUAAGGAGAGAGCCCUAGUGUCCCCACACUCGCCUCUGAGACACCAUGUUCAACUCGAUGACCCCACCGCCAGUCAGUAGCUAUGGCGAGCCCUGCUGUCUCCGGCCCCUCCCCAGUCAGGCCCCCAGUAUGGGGACAGAAGGACUGCCCGGUCUGCCCUUCUGCCAUCAGGCCAACCUCAUGUCUGGCCCCCACAGUUAUGGGCCAGCCAGGGAGACCAACAGCUGCACUGAGGCCGCACUCUUUCCUCCUCCCCGAAGUGCAGUCAAGUUGACCAAGAAGCGGGCACUCUCCAUCUCACCUCUGUCCGACGCCAGCCUGGACCUGCAGACAGUUAUCCGCACCUCCCCCAGCUCCCUUGUGGCCUUCAUCAACUCACGCUGUGCAUCUCCCGGGGGCUCCUAUGGUCACCUCUCCAUCAGCACCAUGAGCCCAUCUCUGGGAUUCCCACCCCAGAUGAAUCACCAAAAAGGGACCUCGCCUUCCUUCGGAGUCCAGCCCUGUGGUCCCCAUGACCCCACCCAGGGUGGGAUGAUGCCGCAUCCUCAGUCCCGGGGACCCCUCCCAACUUGCCAGCUGAAGUCUGAGCUGGACCUGAUGGUUAGCAAGUGCCCAGAGGAGCCCUUGGAGGGUGAUAUGUCCAGCCCCAACUCCACAGGCACACAGGAUCCCCUGCUGGGGAUGCUGGAUGGGCGGGAGGACCUGGAGAGAGAGGAAAAGCCUGAGCCUGAAUCCGUGUAUGAGACUGACUGCCGCUGGGAUGGCUGCAGCCAGGAAUUUGACUCCCAGGAGCAGCUGGUGCACCACAUCAACAGUGAGCACAUCCAUGGGGAGCGGAAAGAGUUCGUGUGCCACUGGGGGGGCUGCUCCAGGGAGCUGAGGCCCUUCAAAGCCCAGUAUAUGCUGGUGGUCCACAUGCGCAGACACACGGGCGAGAAGCCACACAAGUGCACGUUUGAGGGGUGCCGGAAGUCAUACUCACGCCUUGAAAAUCUGAAGACACACCUGCGAUCACACACGGGUGAGAAGCCAUACAUGUGUGAGCACGAGGGCUGCAGUAAAGCCUUCAGCAAUGCCAGUGACCGAGCCAAGCACCAGAAUCGGACCCACUCCAAUGAGAAGCCGUAUGUGUGUAAGCUCCCCGGCUGCACCAAACGUUACACAGAUCCCAGCUCACUUCGGAAACAUGUCAAGACAGUGCACGGUCCUGAUGCCCAUGUGACCAAGCGGCACCGAGGAGACGGCCCCCUGCCCAGGGCAUCAUCCCUUUCCACAGUGGAGCCCAAGAGGGAGCGGGAUGGAGGCCCCAUCAGGGAAGAGAGCAGACUGACCGUGCCCGAGGGCACCGUGAAGCCACAGCCCAGCCCUGGAGCCCAGUCGUCCUGCAGCAGCGACCACUCCCCAGCAGGCAGUGCAGCUAAUACAGAUAGUGGUGUGGAAAUGACUGGAAAUGCGGGGGGCAGCACUGAGGACCUGUCCAGCUUGGAUGAGGGGCCUUGCAUUGCUGGCACCGGUCUGUCCACUCUUCGCCGCCUUGAGAACCUCAGACUGGACCAGCUACAUCAGCUUCGACCAGUAGGACCCCGGGGCCUCAAACUGCCCAGCCUGACCCAUACUGGCACCCCUGUGUCCCGCCGUCUGGGGCCCCCACUUUCUCUUGACCGCCGCAGCAGCAGCUCCAGCAGUGUCAGUUCAGCUUAUACUGUCAGCCGCCGUUCCUCCUUGGCCUCCCCUUUCCCCCCUGGCUCCCCACCAGAGAAUGGGGCAUCUUCUUUGCCCGGCCUCACGCCUGCCCAGCACUACCUGCUCCGGGCAAGAUAUGCUUCAGCCAGGGGAGGUGGUACCCCACCCACGGCAGCAGCCAGCCUGGAUCAGAUGGGGAAUCUUCCCGCACCUUCCUGGAGAAGCCGAGCUGAGUAUCCAGGAUACAACCCCAAUGUAGGGGUCACCCGCAGGGCCAGUGACCCAGCCCGGGCUGUUGACCGUCCUGCCCCAGCCAGAGUCCAGCGGUUCAAGAGCUUGGGUUGUGUCCACACACCCCCCACUGUGGGGGGAGGACGGAACUUCGAUCCCCAACUCCCAACCACUGUCUACUCACCACAGCCCCCCAGCAUCACUGAGAAUGUUGCCAUGGACACCAGAGGGCUGCGGGAGGAGCCAGAAGGUGGGACCUCCAUGAUAGGCAGUGGUCUAACCCCCUAUAUGGACUUCCCACCUACUGAUACUUUGGGAUAUGGGGGACCUGAGGGGGCAGUGGCUGAGCCUUAUGGAGCUAGGGGUCCAGGCUCCCUGCCUCUUGGGCCUGGUCCACCCACCAACUAUGGGCCAAACCCCUGUCCCCAGCAGGUCUCCUAUCCUGAACCCACCCCUGAACCAUGGAGUGAGUUCCCUUCCCACUCUGGGCUGUACCCAAGCCCCAAGGCUCCAGCUGGAGUCUACAGCCAGUGUCCUCGUCUUGAACAUUAUGGACAAGUGCAGGUCAAGCCAGAACAGGGGUGUCCAGUGGGUUCUGAUUCCACAGGACUGGCACCCUGCCUCAAUGCCCACCCCAGUGAGGGGCCUCCUCGCCCACAGCCUCUGUUCUCCCACUACCCCCAGCCUCCCCCUCCCCAGUAUCCCCAGUCAGGUGCCUAUACCCAGCCACCCUCUGAUUAUCUUUCUUCAGAACCCAGGUCUGGCCUGGAUUUUGAUUCCCCCACUCACUCCACAGGACAACUCAAGGCUCAGCUUGUGUGUAAUUAUGUUCAGUCUCAACAGGAACUGCUAUGGGAGGGUGGGGGCAGGGGAGAUCUCCCAGUCCAGGAACCUCUCUACCAGAGUCCCAAGUUUCUGGGGGGUUCCCAGGUUAGCCCAAGUCCUGCCAAGGCCCCAUUGGCCACAUAUGGACCGGGCUUUGCACCUAACUUGCCCAGUCACAAGUCAGGUUCCUAUCCCACCCCUCCACCGUGCCAUGAAAAUUUUGCAGUGGGGGCAAACAAGGCUUCCCAUAGGGCAGCAGCACCACCCCGACUUCUGCCCCCACUGACUACUUGCUAUGGGACCCUCAAGGCAGGGGGCAUGAACCCCAGCUGUGGUCAUCCCGAGGUGGGCAGGCUGGGAGGGGGUCCUGCCUUGUACGCUCCUCCUGAAGGGCAGGUGUGCAACCCUCUGGACUCUCUUGACCUUGACAACACUCAGCUGGACUUUGUGGCUAUUCUGGAUGAGGCCCAGGGGCUGAGUCCUCCUCCUUCACAUGACCAAGGGGACAGCUCUGAACAUACCCCACCUCCCUCUGGGCCCGCCAACAUGGCUGUGGGCAACAUGAGUAUCUUACUGGGAUCCCUGCCUGGGGAGACACAAUUCCUCAACUCUAGUGCCUAAAGAGUGGGGAAUCCCAGUAAUCACAGAUCCAUUUCCUGAAGGGUUUCCAUCCCCACAGAGAAGUAGGGAGGAGGAGCCAUAGCCCCUGGGAUGCCCCAGGGAUGGGGGGUAUGGGUGGGGGCUGUACAUCUUCUGUAUGUGUUUGGGGGAGGAAUUUGAUAAUGACACUGUUUCUGGAUAAUAAAGGAACUGCAUCAGAAAGA